CAUGAAAGCAUAUCAUUUAGCAUUUUCAACCAUUCGUAACUAGGCAUUUGAUUUGAUUGACUCACUCGAAGGUGUAUGUUUUUUUCCAUUAGAAAAUAUGAUUCAAAUCCAACAUGUUCACACACACAACAAUAUUAAAAUGUAAAAAAAGAAGGAAAAAAAAAAACCACUGGCAGUUAUGGAGGGAAAGAUAAAGAGAGUGGGAGAGAGAUUUUCAAGGAAAUAAAGGGGAAGAGAGAAAAGCAAGGGUCGUCAAACCUGAUUUUCUCUUACCUCUACCGUUUCACUUUGACUAAACUUCGAAAACACUUUUCAAUCUGGUUUUUAACUUUCUUUUCAUUCCUUAAAUGUUUCUCUGCUUUCAACUUGAUUGAUAUUCUAUUCUUUACUGGUAUUCUUAAACCAACAUGGAUAUCAUGCACAAACGUUGGUGCCUUAAUAACUAUUCAUUCAACCCUUUGGUCACAUCACUGAUGCAAACAUCUUGCAUUCUUGCCAUUUCCCAUUUCUUCCACCUUCUUCUCAAGCCAGUGGGACAACCUGGACCAGUUGCACAAGUUCUUGCUGGAGCAGUCCUAGGCCCAUCGUCGCUGUCCCGUAUUGAAGACAUUAGGGAAUUCUUCAUCCAGCCUACUUCCGCUGGUUACUAUCAGUUUUUCUCACACUUGUUUGAGAUUAUGUUUAUGUUCUUGAUCGGUUUGGAGACGGAUAUAUCUUUUUCAAACCGCAACUUGUCUGUAGCAAGCAUUAUUGCUUAUAGUGGUUUUAUCUUAAAUUGCAUCCUUGGAGCAGCUUUGUCCCCACUUUUCAUCAAACUACUGAAAAUCCCUGACAAAAAGGUAGAAUUUGCAAUCGUUGUCAUGAUGAUCUUAGCAAACUCAGCGUCUCCUGUUGUAAUUCGAUUAGUGGCAGAUUUGAAACUCGACACUUCAGAUGUAGGAAGAUUGGCGGCAACUACUUCUUUGGUCAAUGAAAUGUCAUGUGUUCUCAUAGCUUCUCUGCUUUACGCUGUCAGUUCAUGGGAAAGUUUUUCAUACUUAUUUCUUUCAUUUCUUCUUACCGGAUCACUUAUUGCUUUAAACCGGCACUUGGCCAGAUGGAUUAACAAGUCAGACAGGGAAAGCAAAUAUGUGAGCAACGCGUAUGUUUCAUUUAUUUUUUUCCUGAUUCUGGUGUUGUCAUUUGUUAUUGAAUCAUGCGGAUAUAGCAGCACAUUGUCUUGUUUUUUAGUUGGCUUGAUGUUUCCUAGAAAAGGAAAAACAUGCAGGACACUUUUGUCCAAACUCAGUUACCCUGUUCACAACUUCUUACUUCCAAUUUAUUUCGGAUAUAUUGGGUUUCAGUUUGAUAUAAAUUAUUUGAAGAGUAUUCCUACCAUCGUUACAAUUGUUGUUAUGAUCCUAUUGAACUUUGGGGGCAAACUUGUUAGCACCUUGGCAGCUUGCCAUUACUUGAAGAUCCCACUGAAUGAAGGAGUCAUGUUCGCUUUGAUACUCAGCUUGAAAGGCCAUUUUGAUCUUCAACUUAUCAAUGUACCACCAAACUCCGUGGCUUAUUGUCUGUUUUCUUCACUAUUGCUGCAGUUAUGGUGGAAUCCAGGUGUCCGAAGUGUGCUCUUGUCCAUAGUGGUGUUCGACACAAUUAUUGCAGGGAUCAUAGUUGCUUUUACAGUAAAACGAGAAGAAAAAUCCUUAGCUCACAAACAAACCUCACUUGAAUUGCAUGAUCUGGAGUCUGAACUCCGAAUUCUGGCUUGCGUGUAUUUCCCAAGGCAUUCCUUAGGAGCUCUCGGGCUAAUUUCAGCUUUGAGUGGAUCAAAAAGAGCAAUAGUCACCCCUUACUUGAUGCACCUGGUUGAACUCCCUGAGAAACGUAAAACCAAUUUGUUAUACCACCAACUUGCCGAGGGUGAUCAGUACAGUGACGAAGAUGACUAUGGUGGAGAUGAUGUUGUUGAGAUAAAUGAUGCUGUGGACGUCUUUACAUCUGAGACAAAAAUUUUGAUCAACAUUGUUAAGGUUGUAUCAUCUUCUGCAACCUUGUAUGAGGAUGUGUGUACUGGUGCUGAGGACAGGCGUAUAUCUAUUAUAUUCCUCCCAUUUCACAAGCAUCAACGCAUUGAUGGAAACAUGGAGAUUGACAAGGAGGGAAUUAGGACAACUAACCAGAGGGUUCUUCGCCAUGCUCCGUGCUCACUAGGGAUCCUAGUGGACCGAACAGUAACCGGAUUCCAGCAACCACAUUGCUCUAACUCAGUGCAACAUAUAGCAAUUUUGUUCUUUGGAGGCCCCGAUGAUCGAGAGGCAUUGGCAUGUUCUAAAUGGAUCAGCAGUCAUCCUCAAGUUAAGUUGACACUCAUCAGAUUCCUCCAAGUGAGUGAACAGAUUUCAAGAAAUCAUAACCAGGACAAUGAGGUUAUGUUGGCUGAACCAACUAAUGGUACUGAGCAUGUGAUAGACAAUACCUCUCUGGUGGAGUUCUACAACAGGUAUAUUACUUCAGGUCAAGCUAAUUACACGGAGAAGCAUGUUAGCAGUGGGGCAGAAACCGUGACAGCUUUGAGAGAAUUAAGGGACUCGUAUUCAUUAUUUAUGGUAGGAAGGGGUGGACAACGGCAUUCAUCAAUAACAACUUUGAGUGACUGGGAGGAGUGUCCGGAGCUCGGGACAGUAGGGGAUUUUUUGGCUUCUUCAGAUUUCAACACCAAUGCUUCAAUUCUAGUUAUUCAAAAACAUCAGCAUACCACUGAUAAUAGCUUUAGAGGCGACUAUUGAAUGUAAUUGUAUUUCAAGCACUUGUUUGUUCAUCAGCAAAUUUUAUCUGCAG